AUGGAGGCUGCCGUGGUGACCGCAUCGCAUGGAGCUAUGGGCUCCCUGAUAGCAAAGCUUGGUGAUUUGCUCACAGCUGAGUACAAGCUGCUCAAAGAAGCUAAGGGGCAGAUCUUGUUCCUCAAAGCUGAGCUUGAGAGCAUGCAUAGGUUCCUAAAGAAGAUCUCAGAUACAGAACAGCCUGAUGAACAGGACAAGUGCUGGGCCAAGGAGGUACGUGAGCUGUCUUAUGACAUCGAAGAUAGUAUCAGUGAGUUCAUGCUCCGUGUGGAACGCAAUUCAAGCAGCAAGCCACGCGGAUUCAUGGGUUUCAUAAAUAGGAGCACGAAGUUGUUGACAACCAUGAACAUUCGGCAUGACAUCGCCAAAGAGUUUGAAGGCCUUAAGGUCCGUGUUGUGCAGGCGCAGGAGCGGCGCAAGAGGUACCAGAAGACUGAUGGUGUUACCUCUAAGUCAGUCAACACAAUCAUUGAUAUUCGGUUGUUAGCAAUGUACGCAGAAGCAUCAGGCCUUGUUGGUAUGGAUGGCCCCAGGGAUGAACUAAUUCAGUUGAUGGGUGGAGAGAAUGAGCUAAAGGUGCUCUCUAUAGUUGGAUUUGGAGGCCUAGGAAAAACUACCCUUGCAAAUGAGGUUUAUUGCAAGCUUCAGGAGGUAUGCCGCCUAGAAAUAAUUGUAUGCUUAGUAAGGUACUUAAUCAUAAUUGAUGACAUCUGGGAGGCUUUUGCAUGGGAUAUCAUCAGAUGUGCUCUUCCAGAGAGCAUUAAUGGUAGCAGAGUAUUAAUAACUACUCGAAUUGAAACUGUGGCUAGAGGAUGCUGCACUAAGAACAUUGAAUGUGUUUACAAGAUGAAGGCACUUAGUGACCAGGACUCAAGGAGUUUAUUCUUCAAAAGAAUUUUUGGUUCAGAGGAUGGUUGCCCUCCAUAUUUGAAGGAAGUAUCUGCUCAAAUUUUGAAAAAAUGUGGUGGUUUACCACUUGCAAUCAUCACAACAUCUAGCCUAAUAGCCAGUCAGCCAAGCAAACUAAAGGAGAACUGGGAACAUGUAAGGGACAGGCUGGGCUCCAACUUUGAAAUGAGCCCUAGCUUGGAAAGCAUGAGACAGAUACUGAAUCUCAGCUAUAUAAAUCUUCCUCAUUAUUUGAAGACUUGCAUGCUAUAUUUAGGUAUUUAUCCCAAGGACUACACAAUUGAAAAGAAUGAUUUGACAAGGCGAUGGAUAGCUGAAGGUUUUAUAUGUAAAGUUCGUGGGAUGGAUCUUGAGGAUAUUGCAAAGAGCUAUUUUAAUGAGCUUAUUAAUAGGAGUUUGAUUCAGCCUGCAGAUACAAACUGCAAUGGUGAGGUGAUGUCUUGCAAGGUACAUGAUAUGAUGCUUGAUCUUAUCCUCCAUAAAUCCCAAGAAGAGAAUUUUGUCACUGUAAUAGAUGAUAUACAAGACAUGACAGGACAACAAGACAAGGUUCAUCGACUCUCUCUCAACCUGGGUGGUACAGUAGGUGAUAGGGUUGCAGGAUGUGUCCAGCUAUCCCAAACAAGAACACUGGCAAUAUUUGGAACCUCUUCAUAUUUACCUCCUUUUCAACUGUUCAAGUAUCUCCGUGUUCUCGGAAUUGAAAUUACAGUACAGUCCCAUCCACCAUUGUUACUAGACUUUACUGAGAUACAUCAUCUACUUCAGUUGAGAUAUUUAAAGAUUGUAGCAAAAGGUCAUGAGAUAUUCAAUGGACACAAGUUCUCAAGGGUUCCUGGAUGGAUCAUCCAACUCCAUAACCUCUAUGACCUGCGUCUUUUUGUUAAGCAAGUGCUUGAGGAAGAUGUUGGAAUUCUUGCACGGCUGCCCUCAGUUAUCAACCUGGAGAUAAGAUCAUCAUCCAUGGAUAUCAUGCCUGGCCUUUGUGGCAGGGGCAAUGCCCAAGCUUGA